AUGGCAAACGACGCGCCUCCUGGGUUACCCUGCCCCCUAUGUUUUGUUCUAGGCCACUUGCGACGCCUCUUUCGAGCCACAAACAUCCCCGUUGUUAUCGACGAGGCUGAAGAGAACUCACAUGAUGAUAUCCACCAAGGGAGAUGCCGUCGAGACCACCCAUCAUCCCUCUUCUCGGCAAAGCAACGACAAGAGGAGCCCAACAAACGGAUCUGCAUCGGUCGAGAGGGACAUAUCAGGCUCUGCGAGCACAGGACGUUUGGCUGGGACGAAUUCGUGCACACUUCUUCGACCACCAAUGCGGACACGAGCAUCACAUGUAACCAUCCAGAUCACUUAGGAGCUUCAAAAAAGCCAGAGGUAGAUUAUCACAGAGAGGAUCGGUGGUCUGGAGACGGCACGGCGUAUAUACAUACUGAAUUCUCGGGCUGUAGUGAACACGAUGGCUGCGUCAUCUUGUCUCACAAUCGCUCGAUACGGCGGCGCAUGUCUACUGCCCAGGCGUUGGAACCUUGCGACUCGCAAUGGUACCAGGCUUUGGAUCCCUCGUCUCACAAUCUAGUCGAAGACAUCGAGUUCAAGAACGUGACGUGGUGCGAGGACGCGAGGUGUCGGAAUUUCUACAGGUUUCGGGACCAUGCCAGCGUGGGCACCUCGACAAGUUGA